CAACACUACAAAUCUAUUACAUUUAUUGAGCAGAGCCAAAAGGCCUACCUUCAUGAUAAGGGUGUCCUGCUUAUAAAAAGUAGCCUAAUAGCAUAUAAUGGCUUCUAACAACAAAGCAGAGAUUCAAGUCGGAGGAAAAUACAGAUUAGUAAGAAGGAUAGGCAGUGGUUCUUUUGGCGAUGUAUAUCUUGGCACUAAUAUUCUUACUGGGGAAGAGGUUGCAGUGAAGUUGGAGCCUGUAAAAUCCAGGCACCCACAGCUCCUGUACGAGAGCAAACUCUACAAAAUAUUUCAAGGUGGUGUUGGAAUACCUCACAUAAGAUAUUUCGGACAAGAGCAAGACUACAAUGUGCUUGUGAUGGAUCUCCUGGGCCCGAGUCUGGAAGAUUUGUUCAAUUUCUGUUCUCGCCGUUUUACAAUGAAAACUGUUCUCAUGCUGGCAGACCAGAUGAUAGGUCGAAUUGAAUUCCUCCACAACAAAAACUUCAUCCAUCGAGACAUAAAGCCAGACAAUUUCCUGAUGGGCAUACUAAAGCAGUGUAACAAAGUGUUUCUUAUUGAUUAUGGUCUUGCUAAGAAGUAUCGUGACUCCCGUACACGUCUCCACAUUCCGUACCGAGAGGAUAAGAACCUGACAGGAACCGCACGAUAUGCCAGCAUCAACGCGCAUUUGGGAAUAGAGCAGAGCAGGAGAGAUGACAUGGAGAGUUUAGGGUACGUGCUCAUGUACUUCAACCGAUCAUCCCUCCCUUGGCAGGGACUCAAAGCUGGAACAAAGAAACAAAAGUAUGAAAAAAUAUCAGAGAAAAAGAUGUCCACCCCUAUCGAUGUAUUAACCAAAGGAUUUCCGUCCGAGUUUUCAAGCUACUUGAAUUAUUGCCGAGGUUUAAGAUUUGAGGAAGCCCCCGACUACAUGUAUCUCCGGCAGCUAUUCCGUCUUCUCUUCCGCACACUCAAUCACUCCUACGACUACAUUUUCGACUGGACGAUGCUGCGUCAGCAGAAAGAACAGGCACAGGCCGCCAGCACCAGUACCUCUGCCGCAGCAACACCUGGAACCGCAAAGAAGCGCACUGAGACGCGGGGACGCAGCAAAAACGAGUGAAGGAGCAUCCCUGGACAGUGCAUAGUCUCCAUUCCCCGGUGUAGCUUACUUUCUACAAAACUUUAAAGAGGUGUCAUAUUGUGCCCCUAAUAUAUUGAAUUUGUAUGACAGAGUCGGUCGCCAAGAGCAGGUUGUAUAGACGUUCGCAAAGAGGAGCGAGAGUGAGCAUUGAACGAUGAGGUCAGGUGACAGGGUUGGAUCGAAAAAUAUGAUAAGCUCCUCUGGUCAUGUAGAAUUGGGAAAGAGAAUUGUAAAUCCCGAAUUGUUUGAAUAAUCGUGUUUUUUGGAGUUUGGUUAAAUAGUUUUGCUAGCUUCUUGCUUAAAAAUUUUUUGCUCGGUAUUACUGUAUGGUAAAUUCUGCUUUCCUUUUGAUAUUUGCAUAUGGGUAGGAAAGUGUAUUCACUAAGUAGUCGGUAGAUUGCAAUAUUAACAGCUUCCAGAAGGACGUGUCAGCUGCACUGGAGUUCCCAAAACAUUGCCCUUCUCACGCUACCAUAGUUGUUCCAUACUUGUUGGGCACUAUUCGUCUAACAAAUCUUCUCAUCCCACCUAAUGAAAUCAAAAUCAGCUACAUAUUUUCCAUUUGAAACCUCGUCAAAACGUAGCAAAACCCAUCUUUAAAGCUCACUUUGAACAGAAACCACGUGACUGAUAACAGUUGCCGUCCAGCAUACCCAGAAAUAUCUGCCCAAACCUAUUUCAAACACCAACAUUCCACCAAAUAUUUCUCAAGCUGGACGUUUUAGGAUCCUGGGAAAUGCCAGGUGCAGUUUUUCAGAAUACUUCAAUUCAUCUGAUUCGACACAAAUAGCUGACAGUUGUUACCAAAACAUUGGUAUGCCUAGCUCUUUCGUGUUAAAAUCACUGAGUUUUGUAUUCCGUUGAAGUCCAGAACUUGAGAAAUAGGAAAGUUGUUGAACUGCUGCUCAUAUUUUGUACACGGCUUGACCGGGUAGCCAAAGGCUGUAACGUCAGUCUUACCUUGCGUCUUAAAAUGACAAACUAUAUGGUGGAAGUUUUUAUAUUGUGGUUGUUGGGGAUUAGUUUUCGUGUAUUAUAAAAAUGCCUGGCAAGGUUUUCAUCUAGAAUUAUGAACUGAUCACAUUUUAUUUCUUGGUCGCAUCUGUGUGCGACACAGUAAAGGGGUCGUUCACAUAUUACGUAAUCACUUUUUGGCCAAUUCCCCCCUCCGUAAUCAUUUUUACGCAUAACUAUUGUGUCAAAAUUACACUAGCGUAAUCAUUUGGAAACCUCCCUCCCCUCCCCCCUCGGCUGAUUACGUAAUAUGUGAACGACCCCAAAGUGUCCAGUAGAUAUGGAAGCGAAUGUAACUGGUAGAGCUCAGUCCCUAGUCUUGUAGUUCGGUUUAUAUCAUUCUUAAUUAUUGUGUUUUAAGACUUUUAAAAGCAAAGGAGUUGGGUAAAGUAGCAACAAUCACUUUAAUCGAGUUACUUAAUUAGUAAUUGCUCAAUUAGUAAUUACUUAAUUAGUAAUUACUUUACGUUCCCUGAUGGCCUAGACCUGUUUCAUUUUCUAGGGAAAGAGAAAACUUUUUCAUUCAGUACCAUUAAAGUAAACCAGAUGUGCAAUGUAAUUUUAAUAUCUGGAAAUGUAAAACAUUUACAACAAAUUGCACGUGUACUGUUCACGUGGUCGCCCCUAGUCCCCAGGCCUGAUAAUUUUAACAUGUGUUCGGUAGUGUGGUCCCUUUUCGUCGCUCUAGAAGUUUAUAUAAUUAGGCCUGUUAUUCCAAGGAUUGGUAAUAUAAUGAAUGAUUAUUAUAUUGGACAUGUGAUAUUUUCCAAAAAUUAUUGGGUUGCUAUUUUUUUCGUUUCUUUAAAGGUCCGGUGUAAAAGUUUGCUUAUUUUUAUUUUUAAUUUGUUUAGGGACUCCUUCAUAAACUCCUUCAAGGAUUUAACUAGAUACACGCACGUACACUGGUGAGCGACAUUUUAAGAGUGCUGAUGUUUUCAAACGGUUUUGAUCAGCGUAAAAUAUGUUAAAAUAAUUUAAAAUGUGUAAUUUAUAGUUCAGUCGACAGUAUCUUAAAGUUCGAAAAUCUGGCGUGUCUAGAUAUGAUAUUGCAAGCCGCCAAAAAUCAGAUUCUUGCUGGGUUCUAGUGUAAUUUUUGUUGAAUUCUAAUCUUUCCGGGUUUAGUUUCAACAACCACAAUUAUUUGAAUGAAGGAUUUGUGAACCGCAAGGAAAGAUUUUUGGUGGGUUGCUUUGCUUGCAGCACGCGUGUGCCUGCUUUGAGCAAGGUAUUUUUGAGAGCUUGAAACUCCAAAAAAUAAAUAUAUUCAUUUUGUAAACACUAAUAACAUGUAACAUGGAAUGUUGAAAUAUGAUCGGGUCAUAAUUUGGCCCUAAUAUGAGAUGAUGCAUACGCGGUUUUCCUCGCAUAUCACGUGACAUCCGCAAAAUCACGUUACUUUGGUCACGUCACGUGGUUUUGUUACGAUGUCACGUGGUUCUGUGACGACUUCAUCGCUAAACAAUGAUGUGUUCACUGUACCAUAUAAAAUAUUGUAUGUUCAGUGUUCAGUUUCUGAUUUA